AAUCGCUUCUGUCCGAGAUUUCAUUGAAGGGAAGGAAAACAGGAAAGGGAAAGGAAAAGGUUUUCGAAGAUGGGAGAAAGGAAAGUGCUUAACAAGUACUACCCCCCGGACUUCGACCCGUCGAAGCUGCCCAGGGCUAGACGGCCAAAGAACCAGCAAAUAAAGGUGCGGAUGAUGUUGCCGAUGAGCAUCCGAUGCAAUACCUGUGGCAAUUACAUCUACAAGGGAACCAAGUUCAAUUCCCGGAAAGAAGACGUUAUCGGCGACACUUAUCUAGGAAUCCAAAUAUUCAGAUUCUAUUUCAAAUGCACCAAAUGCUCUGCUGAGAUUACAAUGAAGACUGAUCCACAAAAUUCAGAUUAUGUUGUUGAAUCUGGUGCAACAAGAAAUUUUGAACCCUGGCGUGCUGAGGAUGAGGAAGCAGAUAAAGAGAAACAAAAAAGAGAAACUGAGGAAAUGGGGGAUGCAAUGAAAUCUUUAGAGAAUAGAACCUUGGACUCCAAAAGAGAGAUGGAUAUCCUUGCCGCACUUGAUGAAAUGAAGUCUAUGAGGUCAAGACAUGCUACUGUGAGUGUUGAGGCAAUGCUUGAAGCCUUGCAGCAUACUGCUGCAGAGAAGGAGAAGAAGUUAGAAGAAGAGGAUGAAGCUCUUAUAAAAUCAAUAUUCCAGAGGCCAAAGGAAGUUGUUCGAAGAAUUUCUGAUGAGGUUUUUGAUGAUGAUGGAGAUUUGGCCCCCCUUUUAUCUAGUGGUAAUGGUGAAACAUCAGGUGAUAGUUUGAAGAGGAGAAAGGUUUCAGAAGGUAAACCUACAGAUUCUUUAACGAAAGCUAGUGUUCUUGAUGGCUCCAGCAGCCAAGACGGUCCGAAUGGUUCAGGGACUCAUAGUGAUACUAAAGUGCCUUUCAGAUCAGCAGUCAAGAUUUCUGUCAUCAAGAAACCAGUUGCAUCUAACCUUCUAGCAAAAUCAGCAGAGAACAAACAAAAGGAACAGAGAGUUGUUGAUGAUACAGGCACUGGACUACAAUCACUUUGCCAAAAUUAUGGAAGUGAUGACGAUUAGCGAGUGUUCCAGUCUUUCUUCUUCUUCUUCUUCUUCUUCUUCUUUUUUAAUUUAAAUCUUGCAUAUUUUCCCAUAAUAAUUUGUUAAUGAAAUCUGUCUAUUGUAUUUUUCUUUUUUCUUUUUUUCAAUUUGUAUUGGGAAAUUAAAUUCAAUACCUGAGAUCUAGAAGGAAAAAUAUGAAGGAAUCUGAGACAUGCAACGCAGUGGAAAAUUAAAAUUUCUCCGACUAUUCCUAGGAUCCAACUAUGACUUCUAUGCUGAAAGAGAAGUUUGAAGCACGCCAUCUGGGGAACACGACCGCAACUGUUUCAACAAUGUCGUCUCUUGAUGAUCGAAUCACGAACAACUGCAAGUGCAGCUGUCUCCGGAGAUGAUAUACACACACAAAGGAAACUUUUAGCACCUUAAAGGGCGAUAAAGUUUGGGCACAAGAAGAGAGGCCGAAGAAGAGCAGCUAAUGCUAUAGCAGGAAAAUAUUUCCAGAUUUCCUUUCUCACGGGUCUCGGCAUGUUUGUGCGUUUUGUUUCGCAGCUGUUUUUCCACUGCUUUUCACCGGUUUCAAGUGUAGAAUCCAAAGAGAAAUAUCCUGUCAUUUCAUCCAAAUCCAGGAGCUUCCUCCUUCGAAACUUCUUUCCUUCAUUUGAAGUCUACGUGUGAAACACAUCAAUCCCUGAAGAAAAUUUCUUACCGUAAAUUGAUUUAUUCUUGAAUGAAGAAGGGGAGGUCAGUUUCGACACUUUGAAUAAUUUCAAUUUUCUAAG